UAUAUUUUCAACCGUAUGAGAAAAAUAAUGUCUUUAAUGGGGCUACCUUUAAAUUUUGUACUCAGAUUAUAGUUUUCUUAAGAGUUUAAUUUAUUGUUAUUUUUUCAGAAACGAAGUGAAGUUCAAUAUGGGUAAAAAAUCCGGUAAAGCAGCUUACCCUGUUCAACAAAGUGCUUAUCCAACACAACCGGCCCCGUCAUACCCUCCUCAACAAGCUAUGCAAUAUGGUGCACCCCCUCCAUAUGCACCACCUGGAGCAUAUCCACCUCCCCAGCAACAAUACUACCAACCACAACCUUUACCAGGCAGCGAUAUGGGAAUGGGAAUGCCAGGCUACCAGCCGCAACCGGGUAUGCAGCCUAUGAUGGGGCAAGCUGCCCCCGCCUACUCAAACUACAACUACAGUCCCAACGGGCAACCGGUAGUCGUCAAUAAUGCAUUCGACGCAGGAGCCAGGUUCGACAAGAACUCCGCGCCCAGCAUACCGCCCCCUCCUCCCGGAUGUUACGCGAAUGCGGCACAACAGGCCUCUGCUCAAGGACACUCGGUGGUCAUGCAACAGACCAGGUCGGACUUCCUCACGGGGGGCUCAGGCGGGGGAUACACUUUCAUAUGAGCAGACGAGGACUACUCAAGGGUGGAAAAAUAGAGAUAGGGGAAAGGGAAAUGCAAGACAGACUUUUCUCAGAUAAAAAAGGGACAUUAAAACUGAUGAAAAGAAAGUAUUGAGUAAUUUUGGUAACCACAGCUGUAAAUGCUUGCGAUGCUUAAAUCAGUGCAUCUGACUUGCUGUUUUUUGGUAUCUGGCGCUUAGAUUUUAGAAAUGACAACUGACUUUAAAGAUUGGAUGAAACAUUGAAUUUGAAUUAUCUCCAAAGCUUAACGCGCCGCAAGAAAAUUUCUUCUUAACCUUGAGACGUUUAAAAAUAGCUUUUUUUGAUGAGAGAAGUCUAAUUAUUAUUGCUUAAACUCAUUGAGUGGAAGAAAAAACAAUGUGAUUUUGUGUAAAUGUUUAAGUUUGAGAUAUUCCAUUAUUAAGUCUACCUAGUUGAAAAUGCCUUUCCUUAUUUCUUGAAUGAUAUGUUUGACCUAAAUAUUGAGUGCUAAAUGUUUCAUACUGGUUGUAAAGUAAUUUUAUUUAUAUAUCUUAGUCAGUGAAAUUAUGAAUGUUCUUUUCUGGCAGUUUGUGUCAGUAAACUUAGUGUAAAAAGUUCUACGCUUAGAUAUGCAAUUAACCAUGAAGUUAA